AAAGAGGUGGCAACAAUGAAGCUUGGUGAUGGGUGAUGGAGGGGAACGGUCGCUUCACCGUCUCAACCCAACCUUCUCUGGUUUGAAGGGACUAUGGAUGCAGACAUUGGGAUUGGAAUUGGAGUCAAUAUCCCCACCAGGCACAAUCAAGCUAAUCGAUAAACUUUCAGACUGCCUUGCAAGCAAGCGCUAUGGAAGGAUGUCCCAUUCCGAGCUUGAUCAGAUCUUGACGGAGACUCGACAUGAAGCUGUACUCAAGACCUUAGAGGCUCCAAAGCGUACACCGCCACAGACAUUUGGCAACAACACCCUCGCUGCCACCUUGCCAAAGCCAUGCACAUCUGACAGCGGCACCUUGUAGCGACCAAUACCCAGGGUCCAAAGCGCACAUGAACCUGUUCUUGUACUUAAAAAAAAUGAAUGCCAAUAGCUUUCGCUAUUUGGAGAACAAAAGCAGAGAAAAGCAACACGUUUUUGCACAACUAUUGUUUUUUGAGGCUUGGAGGAAGGACCCUGGGAAGCCCAAAGAAGGCGUCCAGCAGUUGGAGCGCAUGGCCCUAGGAGGCCCAACUCCGCAGCAUUUCGAUCCAACAGCACAUCCGGCUGGGAGUGGAGCCAAACACCGAGGAAAGGCGUCGUCCGCCGUGCUGCGAGCUCUCAACGAGUUCAGCCCCCAGCGGAGGUCAGAGCUUCUACACUUGUCACGGCCGAAGCCGAGUGGUGAUAAAAGCACAGAGCUGGUUGAUGCUGGGGAGUAGGGAUGCUCAUAGCCUAUGAAUCUAUGAUCUGCAACAUUUGGUAGACCUUCUCGUAAAAAG